AUGUCUUCAUUUGAGGGCCAGGGCCAGUCUCCUCCUCGGUGUGGCCCACAGUUUCCCAGCCUUGGCCAGGAGGCCCCUGAGCUCAGCAUGUAUGGUGACUGUUACUACCCUCCUCCUUCACUGCCGAGUCCUCAGCGCACCACUCCAACCUCCUACGACCUGAGCGACUACACCACCUCCUCCCCGAACCCUUACCUCUGGUUCAACGGCUCUGGGAUCAACACACCGCCAUACCUGGCCACCACCGGCCCCCCUGGUAAUCCCGGCCCACCCUUUGUCCCUCAGCACUACGGCAUGCAGAGGCCUUACCUGGGUCCAGCUGGACCCGGGGGUCCUGGAGGGGAGCUGAGCUGGUUCUCUCUGCCCUCACAAGAAGACCUGAUGAAGCUGGUCAGGCCGCCUUACUCCUACUCUGCUCUCAUCGCCAUGGCUAUCCAUGGAGCUCCAGACAGGAGGCUGACAUUAAGCCAAAUUUACCAAUACGUCGCUGAUAAUUUCCCUUUCUACAACAAGAGUAAAGCAGGCUGGCAGAAUUCCAUCAGACACAACCUGUCACUUAAUGACUGCUUUAAAAAAGUACCAAGAGAUGAGGAUGAUCCAGGUAAGGGCAACUACUGGACUCUUGACCCAAACUGUGAAAAGAUGUUUGACAAUGGAAACUUCCGUCGCAAAAGGAAGAGGAAGUCCGAUUCCCUCUCCAGUGGCGAUGGCGGUUCAGGACAACCAGAGUCAGGUGAUAGCGAGAGGGGCAGCCCCAAGCACUCCAGCAACCCUGCCCUGAACAUCUCUCCCACACCGGACAGGAUUCCCUCCCCGUCAUUGUCAGGUCCGGCGUCUUGCCUGAGCAGCUUCUUGUCCGAGAUGCCUGGAGUGUCUGCUGGAGGAACCAGUGAUGUGGGAGGUGAUGGGUUAAGCAGGCCGCUGCAGAUUAACCUUCCUUUAGAUGGACCUCUUAGAUCCACGCAGCCAGGGAGCUUUAGUGGCUACUCCCCCAAUUCAGGUGGCCCGGAGUGGGUGCCACAAGUGCCACUUCCCCCUGGGCUCUCCUCCUCACCCACCCACUCCUCCUUAGGUUACACCAGCCCCAUCCUCAGCCAGUACAGUGGCUCCGGCGGGCAUUUCUAUCCCACACUGAGCUCGACAGGCAUCAUCUAUCACCGCGAGGGUACAGAGGUUUAAUAAGACAUUGAAGGGGGGAAAGUUGUGUUUGAAAAGACUCUUGAUAAGAAAUUUUACCUGCCUGUUGUUUAAGCAAGAUUCUGUUGACAGAAAGACAGACAGACAGACAGACACACACACACACACACACACACACACACACACACACACACACACACACACACACACACACACACACACACACACACACACAAACGGCAGGUAUGUUUGCGCUGACUGAGACAGUUGCGAUCACUAUAGCGUGUGACAGCAGAGUCGAAAGUCUUUGAUUCCCACAGGAACAGCUGAGUCAGCUGCAGCCGACUAUGUUUGUCACUCACUGACGCCGUAGUCGGCCUCACUAUCAGAUCCUUAGCCAGCUUUUAUUCAAACUAAGGCUAGUCUCUAUCAGAUCUGACUCAUUAUUAACUGAUCCUGAAUUUGAUCUGCUGACAUCAGGCCAUUCCACUCUGCUAUCUGUGAUUCUUUGAUGGUAUCACUGUUACAAUGCUCAGACAGCACAUUUAGAGGAGUAGUUAAAUUACACCAUUCUCUACAAAGCUUGUGUUCUCACUGCUAUGAAAGAUCAAGAACAA